UGGCGUGGGAGUGGUAUGGUGGGCUAGUGCGCGGUGUUGCAUGUUAUUAUCAGCGGUGCGAGAUUUGUCGGUGCUACGCACUUUGGUGGCAAACACAAGCGAAGUGCGUGUGUGUGUGUGGAUUGUGUUGAUUUUUGGGAAGGUCUUGCCAGCGCAGAGUGUUUGCAACCAUCGGCUGAAGAUGACGAGGACUUGCUGGAAUCCAGUCGUGACGAUACUUUGGCUGUGCGCGCUUGCCACCGUCCGGUGCAGUGCGCAAACGACGAUCGGUGCUAGCGUAGUGCUCGAUCCACAGGAUGUGACGGUGAUAGUGGGCGAGCGGCAGUCGUUCUUUGCCAAGGUGCGGGGCAUGCUGUCGCAGGACGCACGGCUCAACCUGACCACCGACCAUACCGAUCUGGUCGAGAUCUUUCCCACCUCGAUCGUGGUAAGCCCGGGCGACGGAGGUUUCAUCGAUCGGGUGUACGAGAUCGUACUGCUCGGCCUGUCCCCUGGUCAGUUCGAUGUGGAUGCGAACGUGCUACCGACCGGGCUGAUCGAUGAUGCGGCCGCGUUCAUUCGCGUGACGGUCGCCAACUCGCAGCCCAUCAUCUUGAUCUCGAGCGUGAUCGGGUGGAUCUACUUUGCGGCGUGGACCGUCUCCUUCUGGCCCCAGAUGAUCGUCAACUAUCGGCGGCAGAGUGUGGUGGGACUGUCGUUCGACUUCCUCACGCUGAAUCUCGUCGGCCACUCGGUGUACGCCGCGUUCAACUGUGCGCUGUUCUGGAGCGGCUUCAUCGAGCAGGAGUACCUGGAUCGUAAUCCGCGCGGUCUCAACCCGGUACUCGCCAAUGAUGUAGCGUUUUCGAUACACGCCACCAUCGCUACGCUGCUCACGGUGACGCAGUGCUUCAUCUACGAGCGUGGUGAGCAAAAAGUGUCCCGAAUCGCCUGGGGCAUCAUUACCGUGUUCAUCGUCGUCAUCGUCGUGGCGGGUGUGCUGGUCGGUACGGCCACCUUCCACUGGCUAGACUUUUUGUACGUGCUGAGCUACAUAAAGCUUUCGGUGACGCUGAUCAAGUACGUACCGCAGGCGGUACUGAACUUCCGUCGCAAGAGCACCGUUGGCUGGAGCAUAGAGAAUGUGCUGCUGGACUUUACCGGAGGCAUGCUCAGUAUGCUUCAGAUGCUGCUGAACGGUUACAAUUAUGAUGAUUGGGCCUCGAUAUUUGGCGAUCCUACCAAGUUUGGGCUUGGAUUGUUCUCUGUGAUGUUCGACAUUCUAUUUAUGGUGCAGCAUUACGUCCUCUACAGGAAUCGUGCGAAUGAGAAAACGUUACAGGAAGACUCGUCGACUACGACCACCACCGCGAGUAACGGAGGAAGCAAGGACAGUCUGCCCUGUAACGUGAUAGCAAAAUGCGUUUUUGGACUGUUACUUAUUAUUGCAGCAUCAACGACGGCCCAAAGCAACAAAACGCUGUUGCGCUUACAGUUUGGACCACAGGACACGACGAUUAUCGUGGGUCAAGCUAAGAAUGUAACGCUUCGCUUACACGGGCCCCUAUCCGAAACGGUGACUGUAAACUUCACGCAAACCAACGCCACUAACGCCAAUGCCUACGUGCAAGUGACACCCAGUACGAUCGCGUUCACUCCGCCAUCUUCCAAUUUUAUCGACCGCUCGGAGCGCGUGUCAUUGCGCGGACUGCGGGCAGGCAUAUUCGAUCUGUUGGCCCAUCUCUCUCCCUCCAGCGCACUGGUCGACCAAAGCCAAGCGUUCGUGCGCGUCACGGUAGCGAAAUCGUGGAGUCUUAUCAGCGUAUCGUCCGUGAUUGGCUGGACGUACUUCCUCGCCUGGACGUGGUCAUUCUGGCCACAGAUAUGGGAAAAUCGGACCCGCGCCAGCGUAGUCGGCCUUUCGUUUGACUACCUCGCGCUGAACCUGCUGGGCCACACGAUGUAUGCCGCCUUCAACUGUGCGCUGUUUUGGAACGGUUCCGUACAGGCGGAGUACCUGCGGCGCAAUCCACGCGGCUUGAUACCGGUGCUGGCAAAUGAUGUGGCGUUUUCGCUGCAUGCCGUCUUUGCCACGGGGCUGAUCAUUGUGCAGUGCUUCUUCUACGAGCGUGGCCAACAGAAGGUGUCCUACACGGCGCGCGCCAUCAUGACCGUGUUCGCCCUGGUUGUGAUGAUAUCGGGCGUGUUGGUUGCUACCGGUACGUACCUUUGGCUCGAUUUCUUCUACAACCUUAGCUACAUUAAGCUAGCCGUUACAUUGGUCAAGUACGUACCGCAGGCCGUGCUAAACUACCGGCGCAAAAGCACGAUCGGAUGGAGCAUCGGUAAUGUGCUGCUAGACUUUACCGGUGGAUCGUUCAGCAUGCUGCAGAUGCUAGUCAACGGAUACAAUUAUGAUGAUUGGGAUUCAAUCUUCGGAGAUGGGGCAAAGUUUGGUCUGGGACUGUUUUCCGUGCUGUUCGAUGUACUCUUCAUUGUGCAGCAUUACAUAUUGUACAGAAACUCCAACUACAUUGAACUUCGCGGUGAAAACUAUCCCGGUCCGGGGAGCGUGACUACCGCUCCUAGGCAGAAUAUUUCCACUUAAACGAAUGUCCGGUGCAAUCCGCUUGCAGGAUCGGAUAGAAAUUACCAAGAACUAGCUAAUACGCUGCUAGAGAUAUUGAUAAAUUCAAAAGACUUAUUUCAUUUAAUAAAUUUUACAUUUAGAGGCCAUAUAA